GCGUCAUAAUCCUGCCGGCACCGUUCAAAAAUGCAGCAUCUUACCCCCUACCACCCCAAACGCAUUAAACCCGGCGAAGCCAUUGGUCGAAAGCGUGUCGGUGCGGCCUGUGCGAGUUUGCGAAACACGCAUCGCACGUUGGACCUCCGAAUUCGUCGAGAGAGGAACCAGAGAGCAGUCGGUGUUUGUCCGGCAAGAGCUAGCGGUGCGGCGACUACCAGUGACGAACUUGACCAAAGCCAUCAUGCUCCCGCCACGUUUCGCGCUCGACGCCGCCACCACGUAGCAUGGGCUAGGCACGCCGCGACGCCGUUUUCUUUUUUGUUCUUUUAUUUUCGGUUUUCGAGCGACGGACCGACCGCGGGCGAUGCUGUGACGAGCGAGUGACUACUGUACUUUUGACUUUGUUUGUGCGAUGGCGAGCAGCAGCGGCGUGCAGUUCCACUCCAGCCCCCAUCACUGCAAGGAGUGCGGCCUCCACCUGAACUCGGCCGAGUCGCUAGAGGUCCACGUGCAGUACCACAAGGAGAACCUGCUGAACAAGUGGGCGCAGGCGGCCGCGGCGCACGAGGAGACCAACAACAACAACCCGAAGGGGGUGAAGAGAGAGUUCGUAGCCAACACGGUGGCGGCCGCCGACAGCUCGGACUCGAUGAAGAAGAGCCCGGAGUACAGCCGGACGACGCCGGAGACGAUCUUCGGACAUCCGCCGACGCCGCAGAGCUACCAGAGCGCGGCGAGUCCCUACCAGAACCAUGACUCGGCCUUCUCGCCCAGCUUCCAGAACUACCAGAUCAAGCAGGAGAGGACGACGUCGCCCCAAUACAACAACUACAACUUCGGGGAGCAGUUCUUCAUGGAGAACCAGGGACAGUACCAGGACUUCGCGAUGCACAAGCAGUACAGGUACCACCCUUACCAGUACGAGCGUCAGUCGCAGCCCCAAGUGUCCUCGUCGAGUCCGGCUUACCCCCCUCAACCCACCCCCUCGCCCAGCCCCAAGCAGUGCGACAAGUGCGGCUUCGUGUGCGACUCGGCCUCCCAGCUCGUGGAGCACCAGAACAUGGCGCACGCCGCCUCCACGUACCACCACAACCACUUCCUCUUCAACAACGACCAGCCCGUGGUCAAGACGGAAGAGGACGCCCAAAGCGAAAUCCUCGAUCUGGACUCGCAUAAAGUGCACCAGGUGUACCCCGAGGAGGAGAAGCGCCAGAACGGCGAGCUACCCCCAACGCCCCACUCGGUGUCCGCGCUGCUCAACACCUGGUCGCCCCCCCAGAAGAUGUACCAGCAGCAGCAGCAGCAGUACGUGUCCGCGCCCCCCCAGGAGCAGAAGCUCUACAUGCACAACCAGGACUUCAUCAACAACGUCACCACGACCACGCAGGAGCCCGUGUACCGCGCUUUCGAGCCCGCGCCGCCGCCGAUCUCCAACACGCCGCCGCAGGCGUCCGCGCCCGCGCCCACCACCAAGAGCGCCAACUGGAAGUCCAACGAGGCGCGCCGCCCCAAGACCUACAACUGCACGGCGUGCAACAAGUGGUUCACCAGCUCGGGCCACCUGAAGCGGCACUACAACACCACGCUGCACAAGAACGCGGUCAAGUCCAGCGGCCAGCCGGACCCCGCCUCCAUGCCCAUCAGCGCGCACCACCACCCGGCGCGGGACCCGGUGGCCACCAAGGAGGAGCCGGCGAGCUCGAACGAGGAGGACACGAACAGCAUGCCCAUGAUGGGGCCGCCCAUCGUGAGUCCCCCAAACGGGGAGGCAGGCCCCUCACCCGCCACCAGCCUAGACUCGAGGGGCCUGCUGCCCACGCAUCAUGGCUUCAACAUGGGGCAUAUGCCCAUCGAGCCCAACCCACAGUUCCAGAUGUACCCAAACGGGUCGGCCCCCCACGUUACGCAGGUUACGGAUACCAGCAGCCUCAGUAUUACUGGUGAGGACUUUAGUCACCAGGAAGCCGUGGUCCAGCAGGAGACGCAGCCGUUGCCGAGUUUUGCGCAGUUUCACAGGUACGGUCUGCUGAUGGGCUACGGCAACACAGCGAACGUGGGGGGCGGGGGUCCGGCAACGGCCCCUUACUGCUACUACCCCGACCCUUUCGAGACGACGGAAGCGCGCACGCUGAUGUACAAGACGGAGGAGGACGAAUACCGGCUGACGGUGCUGACGGUGGCCGACCCGGCCCCGCUCCAGGAGGAGCUCUUCACCUACGAAACCGACCCGCUGGCACUGCCUUCGCCGACCUCGCCGGAGAAGGCGCACACGAAGCGGGACUACGAAGAGAACAUCGGCAGUCCGCAGAUUUCGUCCACCACGGCCAACUCGAUCAACCGGCCGGGCAUGUACAGGUGCAUCGACUGCGACAAGGGCUUCAACAAGGCCUGCUAUCUGACGCAGCACAACAAGACCUUCCACUGCGGGGACAAGCCGUACAAGUGCGGACGGUGCGGGAAGCGGUUCUCGAGUCGCGCGGCACACGAGCAGCACGCGUCGAAGCACGCAGGGGAGAAGCCGCACAAGUGCGAGAGGUGUCCGAAGCAGUUUAACCACAAGACGGAUUUGCGCCGGCACAUGUGCCUGCAUACGGGUAAGAAGCCGUUCCAGUGCCACACGUGCGGCAAGGGUUUUAUUCGGAAGGACCAUAUGUUGAAGCAUUGCGAGACGCACUUUAGGAAGACGAAUCAGUCGAAGCUGGGUAAAUAGUACGUGUGUGCGCGUUUCUGAACUCCAAAGAUCGACUGCACUAGAUGUGUAUGUAGCAAUUUUUUAUUUUUGUCAUCACUUGGCACAUUCCUACUUAAAUGUUGUAACUAUUUUGAAUGACGUUCCAUCUUGUAAAUAUUAUUUUUGAUAUUAUUUGAGAGUAUCUCAAUCGAUCAGAGUAACAAAACAGAGUAAUUGCUCAAGUAUUUUUUUCGAGUCCGACGAUACAAUACUCAAAACAGCAAUACCUCAGAAUCUCAGUUAAAAUAGAUAUAUUUAUAUCAGAUUAUAUUGAUAUUGAUAUCUCGUGGAUGUACAAACUUUAGGAUCAAGUUUAUUAAAGAUGUAUAAUAAGAACAGAUUAUCGUGGCUGAGGGGUGGGGUUUCUGGAGGGUCGCGUCCGGAAGCCGCACCCUCGGCCGUUCAUAGAAAAUUCGAAGUAAUAAUAUGCAAUAAUGUUACAACGCAAGUUUUGAUAUUUGUUUUUUAAGAUGUAAUAAGAGUUGUGAGUCGUUGUGUACAUAUUUACGUUGUUAGGUAAUAUUAUAUUUUUUCCAAGACGAAUCUACCUCAGUUAAAGCUGAUGAAUUUGUGUGCCAAUUACCGUUUAGUUGCACCCCCCCGAAAGGGAAGUGUAUUGAACGAACUCGUGCCAAAUUUUAUAAAGCAAAAUCUUGCUAUAUUUUUUCAUUUAACAAAUAUGACAACAUUUUGCUGAGGCAUGUUAUGUUAUUACUUAUUAGUGCAAUUUGUUUUUUCUCAUUCACGCGCCAGUUUCAGUUAGGGACAGUUACCAAAAAGAUGUAGGUCGAUUGUUUCUGUUAUGUGAAUGUGAUGUUAAUUUAACCGGAUAUUUGGCGCAACUUCGCAUAUAGUCGGGUAUGCAGUUAUACAGCGUAUUAUUUGUUAAGACUGAUUGUAUGUAGUAGUUACGUUCGAUAGGUUGCUAUUGUAUAUUUUCCUGAUACGUUACAGCUGUUAGCUAUUAGUUUUUAAAUAAAUGUUAUUAUGUUACUUUACCA